GGAAGAAGGGUGUGAACGUGUACGCACCACCCUCUCUCUCCCCCCUGCGUGUGUCACUAGCCCCUGGUGUGGGUCCUCUUGCACAGAAUAUAAAAAAGUUGGGCAAAGUCUGCCGCGGCUUCAAAGCUCCCAGGCGCGCGUAGCAAACUCUGCCCUUGUGGCACCUAAAGGACGCAAAAGGCACCCCUCAUCGCAUCUACUCCUCCUCCAACUCCUCCUCCUCCUGUUUGCCCGCACAACAGCAGUCUCAGUUCUGAGGAUGUGGACUCUGCUUCUCGGGGUCACUUUUGGAUUACUGGCCCCCUCAUGGUCGGACCCGGCUGCAGUACGGUCCAGAAGCUGCACCUAUGCCGGAGUUUUCCAUGUGGAGGGGAGCGAACGCUACUCUCUGACCUUCCAGCAGGCCCAAGAAUUGUGUGAACGCUUGAGCACCACUCUGGCCAGCGAGGAGCAGGUCAGGGAGGCAUUCAUCACUGGCCUGGAGACAUGCAGAUAUGGCUGGAUUAGCAACCAGAACAUCACAAUCCUGCGGCAUACGGCUCACAUCAACUGUGCAAAUAAUCUAACAGGAAUCCAUUUCCAUGUUGAGGAUACAGAAAAGUCCUAUGACGCCUAUUGCUUCGACCCAUCAGAUAAGUUGGCUGAAAACUGUGAGAAUGUCAUCAACCCUGAUUUCACCAGUCCAGAUGUUCCUAUAGAUGUCAGUGGGAAGGCUGACCCAGCCCCAUCAGAGGUGGAUGACCCAGAAGAUGAUCUGGGGAAUGGGGCCACAACAGAUGGGCCAGAAGCCCAUGAUGCUCCACCUGCCACAGAGUUGGCACCCGAUGAUGCAGCAGCCCAGCCAGAUGGCUCUGAGAUCCCCGACCCCAUAGACUCUGACCCUGCCCCUAAGAACGACACCUCAGCCUCCGAGGAUGACGACAUAGAUGGUGAUGAGCAGGCCACAGAUGGCCCCCCCUCAGUCGACCCCGAGGCGCAACCAACAGAGGGGGGGGGCUUGGAAGAGAGUGGUACGGAGAGUCCUGCUGCCACAGAUCCGCUCGGGGAGUCUGAGGGGGACCCUAAUGCUGGAUCCCAUCCUGAAGACCCAACGCAGGAGAGUGAAGAACCAAUUGGAUCAGGCGAGGAGAGUGACCUUGCCCCAACAGAGGCCCCUGCUGGAGAGGAGGAGGUAGUGCCAGCUCCCAAGGGCAAUGAGCUGGAAGCACCAAUUCCUGAGCAGGAAAGCAAUACCGAAGCUGUGGCACCUGAGGUGGCCGAGGAUCCUGCAAGUCGUGGAGGUCGGAUGGGUCCAGCUAGACCCCCUGCUCCUUCAGAGCAGAAAAGUAGCGGAUCGGAUUGGCUGGUCAUCUUGGCUGUGGUUGUGGCCGUUGCCGUCAUUGUCCUUGUGUGUGCUGCGGUUGCUACCAGAAAGAGGUGGUGCGGAAAGCAGCAGACCCUAAUGAUCACCUCCAAGGAAGCCAGCGAGGGGAAUGGGGCAGCAGCCUCCAGCUCACGGGCCCAGGAGAGGGACCAGGAGAUGGUGACACUGAUGAACAAGGAGAAGAUCCAGGAGAACGGGACCACAGAGGAGUUCACUGUCAUCACCCUAGAGGAAUCUCCGGAGAAAUCCCAGCUGGCCUGAGAUGGGUCCAGCAUGGGGGAGGUUGGCGGAAACAAGGGACAUUACAUGGGCACAAUCAACAAGGCUGAAACAGAGGCUUUACAAUAGGCAGAAAAUGACAAGAACAUUUUGACCUGGAACUAAAAUGCAAAUGUUUGACUUACCGUACCUGACUGGUGGGGUUUGUAGCUUGCAAUGCACAGGUGGAUAAAGCUAUCAGGUCAGCCAGGGCUCAGGUAAAGAGCCUGGCGCUCCCACCAGUUACAAGGUACAAACCCGGCCCUUUUUACUACUUGCGGGAAUGUGUCAUCAGACUUAGAGUUGGGGUUGGAGUUUUUUAGAUUUAAUCAGGCCCAUUCUCCAGGCCCAGGAGUUUGAAUGAGUCUCAGCAGCAGAAUAGAUAAAAUAUAUAAGGAUUUGGGGGGGUGGGUAGUCCAUUAAAAGAGGGCAGGGAGAGAGUGACAGGUUUGAGACUGCUGUAUAUACAGUUUGCAGAGCAAAUGCUUGGAUUUCCAAUUUUUCAUGUACGCAGUAGAGAAUGAUAAAAAAUAAAGUAAAGCAGAUUAGUGGGCGACUGUUCUGAUGUCAUAAUGGCCAUCACUUAAGGGUUAUGGAGCAUCCACUGUUGAUAUAAUGAUCGAGUAUGUUACAGAAGAAUCUACUGGCCUGUCUUCUAUUUUUUCUUUUGUCUAAGUUGUAUUUUCCAAGAUUUCCUGUGGAUU